CCGAACUAUCAAUCUUAAUGUCCAUUUGACUGUCUCGAUUACCAUGGCGGGAUCGAGAUUCCCAUCCGACCAUCUCAUUUGAACCGGACAUGGCCGGGCUCAUUGCACGGUGGUUGUCCACUCAUUUUUUCUGUGCAAAAUUUCUUUUGUUUAUGAGUCACUUGAUUAACGAGACUCCUGGCUUCCUUUAUACAUCACCGACCUCACUUCCAUUCGCAUCCCUUUCAGUUCUAUUCUGUUCGCCCCGUACCUGUGUUUUCUGCAUGAUUGGGUUUCUGCAGUUCGUGAUGACUGAAGUGACAUAUGACGAUGAUCCGCUCUCUUUUGCGUUUAUGUCCUGCGUUCUGAGCGAGGAUGUAUAUCAUACACUAUGUGGCAGGCCUAUGACUUGCCUAGUUUUCUACUUUCCGUUCUCUUUGCCAUACAUUGCCUUUGCUGUCUUCUUUAAUGGAUUCCCCGGUUGCGGAAACCCGGACGGACUGGCAUGGUCACUGUUUCCUCCGUGCACUUUGGGCGUUUGAUGAAUUUUCCUUAUCCCUACAUGUCUAUGUAAC